CCACUGAACCCCACUCUUGAUAAAGCCAACGUGAUGAAACAAAGGUAAGAAAAUUUCCAAGAAUUCUGGCCUCUCAUUUGCUUGGAAUAGAUAUCUUGAGGUAAGUGAAAUGAGUAGAAUUGUUGUCGAUUUUACUGAUAUACACUAUAUCCCUAUCAACCACUCAAGAAUCGUAUCAACUUCAAACUCUACUACCAUGGCUCUUCACCAUAACAAAGUGUUGUGUAGUGUAUAAAUAGUAGAAGAGUUAAGAAAGUAGAGAGUAGAAAGUAAAAGAAGAUAUGGAAGCGGUGGAGCAUUCUCCAUUGUUUGAGACAAAGAGAGCCAAAGGAAGGGUCUUUUACAAGAUCUUUUCUUUAUCAUUGUUUGUGGGGAUUUGCUUCAUCUGGGUUUUCAGAGUGAGUCACAUACCCAGAGAAAGUGAAGUUGGGAAAUGGGGUUGGAUUGGCUUGUUUUUUGCUGAGCUAUGCUUUGGUCUUUAUUGGCUUCUCAGACACCCCUUCAGAUGGAACCUUCUCUUCAGGGAACCUUUCAGACAAAGGCUAUCUCAAAGAUAUGAGAAGGUGUUACCAAAAGUGGACAUCUUUGUGUGUACAGCAGAUCCAGGAAUUGAGCCACCAGUGAUGGUUAUUAACACAGUGCUAUCAGUUAUGGCAUAUGAGUAUCCACAAGACAAACUCAGUGUGUAUCUUUCAGAUGAUGCUGGAUCAGAUAUUACCUUCUAUGCUCUCUUAGAGGCUUCCAUCUUUGCAAAACAAUGGCUUCCAUUCUGCAGGAAAUUCAAGGUGGACCCCACCUCACCAGCUGCUUAUUUCAAAACCAUUGACUCAUCCACACACGCCAAAGAGUUGAUCACCAUCAAGAAAUUGUACCAAGAUAUGGAAAGUCGAAUAGAAAAUGCAGCCAAGAUGGGUAGAGUACCAGAAGAAGUACACUCAAAGCAUAAAGGGUUUUCACAGUGGGAUUCAUAUUCUUCCCGAAGAGACCAUGACACAGUUCUUCAAAUAUUACUACACGAAAAGGACUCGAGUUCCAAGGAUGUAGAUGGGAAUGUUAUGCCCCUAUUGGUAUAUUUGGCUCGUGAGAAGAGACCUCAAGUUGCACAUAACUUCAAAGCUGGAGCCAUGAAUUCAUUGAUAAGAGUGUCAUCAAUGAUUAGCAACGGGGAAAUUAUCCUUAAUAUAGAUUGUGACAUGUACUCAAACAAUUCUCAAUCUCUAAGGGAUGCACUCUGCUUCCUCAUGGAUGAAGAUAAGGGCCAUGAGAUUGCUUAUGUGCAGACUCCACAGUGUUUUGUGAAUAUCACCAAGAAUGAUCUAUAUGGUGGUGCUCUCCGAGUAGUUUAUGAGGUGGAAUUCCAUGGUUUGGAUUCACUUGGUGGGCCUUUGUAUAUUGGAACAGGCUGCUUUCACAGAAGAGAGAUACUGUGUGGAAGAAAGUUCAGUGACCAAUAUAAGAAAGAUUGGAAUGAAUACAAGAAUAUUGGUGAUAUGAAAGAAGUAAGCUUGCAUGAACUGGAAGAACAAUCAAAGGCUCUUGCUAGUUGUACAUUUGAGAAAAACACUUUAUGGGGAAAAGAGGUGGGACUGCUAUAUGGUUGCUCAUUAGAGGAUGUUAUGACAGGUUUGUCUAUUAAAUGCAGAGGAUUGAAAUCAGUGUUCUAUAAUCCUCAAAGGAGAGCUUUCUUAGGUGUAGCUCCAAACACCUUGCCACAAACACUAGUUCAACAUAAGAGAUGGUCUGAAGGAUGCUUUCAAAUUUUGCUUUCCAAGCAUAGUCCUGCAUGGCAUGCUUAUGGAUUAAUCAGUCCUGGCCUCCAAAUGGCAUAUUGUUACUAUAACCUAUGGGCGUUUAUUUGCUGGCCAACACUAUAUUACUGCGUCAUCCCUCCACUCUAUCUCCUUAAAGGCAUUCCCUUGUUUCCACAGAUGUCAAGUCCAUGGUUCAUACCUUUUGCAUAUGUGAUUCUUGGUGAUUCGUCUUACUGUAUGAUGGAGUUUUUGUGGUCAAAAGGCACAGUAAAGGGUUGGUGGAAUGAGCUACGGAUAUGGCUGUACAAGAGAACAAGCUCUUACCUCUUUGCUUUUCUUGAUACCAUCUUGAAGUCUUUUGGCUUUUCAGAAUCAACCUUUGUAGUAUCUGCAAAGGUAGCAGAAGAAGAAGUUUCCCAACGAUAUGAGAAAGAAAUCAUGGAGUUUGGAAGCUCAUCCCCAAUGCUCACUGUGUUAGCAACACUUGCAUUGCUCAAUUUGUUUUGCCUUCUUGGCAGUUUCCUAAAGCAAGUGUUCAUCAGUGAAGGGGGUCUCAGAAUUUUUGAUGCAAUGGCAUUGCAAGUUAUUCUAAGUGGGGUUUUGGUUCUGAUCAAUGUACCUGUAUACCAAGGACUUUUCCUAAGAAAAGAUGAGGGAAGAUUACCAAUAUCUGUUGCAGUAGUGAUAGAGAUGAAGGUAGCGCUAUCAAAUUUUGCCACUGCAAUGGUAAUCUUUUCCAGCAUGAAUGCGGUGCUUGGGAUCAGAUUUGUGAUUGACAGACGUGAAUGUUUCUCUCACAAUGUUGAGCACGAAGGGGAUAGAGUUCAUGCUUCAUUUGUUGUCAUCAAGGUUGAUGCAUCUUGGCAAUAUACUGAUGAUGGUGUAGACCUUGAGGUGAGGGGACCAGCUGGUGAACCAAUUCGAGAUUUUCUUGACGUGACAAGUGAAAUAUUCGAAUUUGUGGCUCGAAGCACUGGACCCUAUCGCUUCUGCUUCAAUAACAGGUCUCCCUAUCAUGAAACAAUCGAUUUUGAUGUCCACAGUAACCACGUUGAGUUUUCUGAUCAUCAUGCAAAAGAUGAGCAUUUAGCUCCUUUGUUUGAAGAGAUAGUAAAGUUAGAACGAGCUCUUUUCAACAUUCAGUAUGAACAGCAUUGGCUUGAGGCUCAGACAGAACGCCAGGCAAUAGUGGGCAGUGCAAUGAGCUCGAGAACGAUUCACAAGGCGCUACUUGAAUCAGCAGCACUAAUAGGUGCCAGCGCCCUCCAAGUUUAUCUUCUUCGUCGCCUCUUUGAACGAAAGCUUACUGUUUAGAAUGAAUUUUGUUGGCCUUUAUAUAGGCUACAGUCACAUAGCAUGCAUUGGAUGUUGGAACAGAACCACCUCAUUGAAGAUGGGCAUUAUUUAGUAGCUUGGCUCUUCUAUUUAGGCAAAUGGGCAUGUUUUGCCCACUAAUGCUAGAGUCAUGUUGACGUUCCUGCCUCCAAGCUUACUAGUUAGUCCAGUCCUCUUAGAUUUUCGCAUUCAAAGAGAACGAAAUAAAUGAUAAAUAAUAGUCAGCUGAAUUCUUUGAAAGGAAUUUCUGCAAAACUGUCAACUACAAAAUGAAGAGAGAAA